AUGGAUCAGUGUGUGAAGUGUCCAGCUCAUCAGUACACAAAUAGUGAGAGACCUCACUGCCUCCAAAAAGCUGUGACUUUUCUGGCUUCUGAUGACACCUUGGGGAUGGCUCUGGUUUUUAGAGCUCUUUGCUUUUCUUUCCUCACUGCUGUUCUUGGGGUCUUUGUGAAGCACCAAGAUCCCAUUGUCAAGGCCAACAACAGGACUCUCAGCUAUGUCCUUCUCACCUGCCUCCUCCUGUGCUUCCUCUGUUCCUUACUCUUCAUUUAUCAUCCUAUUACAGCCACCUGCAUCUUCCAACAAAUGGCAUUUGGAAUUGUUUUUACCGUGGCUGUUUCCACUGUCUUGGCCAAAACCUUCACUGUGGUUCUGGCAUUCAAGGCCACUGCACCAAGGAGAAGGAUGAGACAGCUGUUGGUGUCAGGGGCACCCAACUCUGUUAUUCUCAUCUGCUCCAUGAUCCAGGUGACUUUCUGUGGAGUCUGGCUGGGAACCUCUCCCCCUUUCAUUGACAAAGAUGCACACUCUGAGCCUGACUAUAUCAUGGAGUGCAACAAGGGCUCAGUCAUUGCCUUCUACUGUGUCCUGGGGUACCUGGGCUGCUUGGCCCUGGGGAGCUUCACUGUGGCUUUCAUGGCCAGGAACCUGCCUGACACCUUUAAUGAAGCCAAGUUCUUGACCUUCAGCAUGUUGGUGUUCUGCAGUGUUUGGGUCACUUUCCUCCCUGUCUACCACAGCACCAAUGGGAAGGUCAUGGUGACUGUGGAGAUCUUCUCCAUCUUGGUCUCCAGUGCUGGAUUACCAGGCUGCAUCUUUGCCCCAAAGUGUUAUAUUAUUUUGUUAAGGUCUGAGAGGAACAUUCAGCAUGGAUUAUGGUAUAAAACAUAUUCUGAGGGCAAUAAGCCUUAA